GGGAGGUGAAUCCGGAGAGGACAGAUACUGCUGUGCAGCUCGUCUGUCGGGGUCUGGAAUGGCCAGAGUGAAGAGACGGUCCUGUGGUGCGCUGGCAGGGACGAGGAUGAGGUCCUAGGUCCUUAAUUAGAGUCUCGUCUCCUCUCCCCCUUACACUCGGAUCCCUUGGAGGGGGGAAGGUGUUUCCAGCGGUCCACCUUGCGUGUGACACCGCGUCUGGCGUCCGCAGGCCCGCGCUUUUCAGACUGCGGCGUCGCCCUCCGAAGGUUCUCUGCUUUAGGAAGAGGUGGCCCAGUUCCUUUUAUCCCGCGGUGGUGCGUUCCUGAGUGUCGAAAUGCCUGUUAAGAGAUCACUGAAAUUGGAUCAUCUGUUAGAAGCAAAUUCAUUUGAUUCUUCAAAAAUCACAAGGAAGAAAAGUAUUACAACUUAUUCUCCAACAACUGGAACUUGUCAGAUGAGCCCAUUUGCUUCUCCUGCAAGCUCUAAAGAACAAGAGCACAAAAAUGAACCAUCAAAUGGAAAAAGGAAAAAAUUGAGGCACCUCAGUUUAACCGAAAGGAAGGAAUCUACAACAAAAGACAAUGAUGAAUUCAUGGUGUUGCUAUCUAAAGUGGAGAAAUCAUCAGAAGAAAUCAUAGAAAUAAUGCAAAACUUAAGCAGUAUACAGGCUUUGGAGGGCAGUAGAGAGCUUGAAAAUCUCCUUGGUAUCUCCCGUGCAUCAUGUUUCUUACCAAGAGAAAUGCAGAAAACAAAAGAACUAAUGAAAAAAGUAACAGAACAAAAACUGUUUGAAAAGAAGAGUUCAGGACUUCCCAACAAAGAAUUAUAUCAUCUUGACAGCUAUGAAUUCCUUAAAGGCAUUUUAAACUGAGGCAUUUAAAAGAAAUGCACUUACUGUGAAAACCAACUUCUUCUGCAUCUGCCUGAUCGUAUUUAAAGGAACAGAAGAAAUGUUUGUAAUUAAUCUGCCCAGUAAAUACCAGAUCAUAGCACCAGGCAGGUGCGUGUCUAGAUAAAAUUUCUUGCAGCUAAUUUAAACUUUCUACACACACCAGUAGAUAAUCUCAAUGUAAAUAAUACAUUUCUUCUUGACCCUUUAAAGUAAGCCAACAUGUAGAAGAGGAUAUUAACUUCUAUUCUGUAUCACAUACACUUCCGUAUCCUUUUAGCAUUUGUGGAUAGAUUUAAAGCAUUUAUGAAGAUGGCA